AGCGAAUCGACACGCAGUGCAUUGUACUUCUAAAUUAGUGGACUGAUAGUUGCCUGAAAUCCGUAUUUAAGUAUCUUAAAAAGUUUCUUUCCGGUUUGCCCAUUGUGCUCCGGAUGUCGAGAAAGUGUUAUUUGGCUUGAAGACCAUUUAUUCCUUGCGGAAAUCGGGUGUAAGGUUCGACGUGAUUCUCGUGGCCAACAAAUAAUUUGCAACCAACAUUGAGAAAAAGACAAAGAAGGAGCAGCUCCCCUCCAUUAUAUUUCUGUUAAUCCUUUCCAAAGGAUCAAAACUAGUUUUCCACAGUUGGCGUUGAGAUAAGCUUUGAAACUCCUUAGAAAAUUUUUCGUUUCGAAACGCUUUACAAAGAAUACGCACCUGCCCCCAGACAUUCGAUAUCUCGAAAGCGAAAUUCUAACGGGACUGUCGCUGGCUUAACGUGAGAAGGUAAAAAAGAGCAACAGAUAGUCCAUUCCAUUCACCGGUCCAGGAUACUACAGACAUUUUGGAGGAAGAAAAAUUUAGCAAAACCCGAAUUUCAAAAUGACUUGGGAACCCCAACCGGAUGGAUUAAACCAGAUCAUUACCCUUCUGAAGCAGUCGCAAUCAACAGACAAUGCGAUUCAGCGGUCCGUACAAAUGAAAUUGGAAGAACUAAAUCAAUAUCCCGAUUUCAACAACUAUUUGAUCUAUGUGCUAACGAAAUUGAAAACACAAGACGAACCAACCCGUUCGCUGUCGGGACUGAUUCUGAAAAAUAAUAUUCGCAUCCAUGGAACCCAUCUACAGCCGGCUAUUGUAGAGUACAUUAAACAAGAAUGUUUGAUGGCUUUGGGAGACCCGUCUCCGUUGAUUCGGGCUACUGUCGGUAUAUUGAUAACCACAAUUGCCAAUAAAGGAGGACUGCAGAGUUGGCCAGAGCUGUUGCCGACACUGUGCGACAUGUUAGAUUCUCAAGAAUACAGCGUUUGUGAAGGAGCCUUCGGAGCGUUACAGAAGAUUUGCGAGGAUUCAGCAGACACAUUGGACAGUGCCGCCCUGAAUCGUCCUUUGAAUAUAAUGAUUCCUAAAUUUUUGCAAUUUUUCCGUCAUAAUAGUCCGAAAAUUCGAUCUCAUGCGAUCGCGUGUAUUAAUCAAUUCAUAAUCAAUCGAACGCAAGCCUUAAUGUUGCACAUUGAUACUUUCAUUGAGAAUCUUUUUCACUUAUCUUCCGAUGAGGAUCGGGAGGUAAGGAAAAAUGUUUGUCGUGGUCUUGUUAUGUUGCUGGAGGUGCGAAUGGAUCGGUUGAUGCCUCAUAUGAACAACAUCAUUGAAUAUAUGCUGAUACGUACCCAGGAUCCUGACGAAACAGCCCUCGAAGCUUGCGAGUUUUGGUUGUCUUUAGCCGAACAAAGCAUAUGUAAAGAAGUGCUUACGCCUCACUUGCCACGAUUAGCGCCAGUUCUUAUCCGGGGAAUGCGUUAUUCAGAUAUCGAUAUAAUCAUUCUUAAGGGAGAUGUUGAGGAAGACGAAAUGAUCCCGGAUCGCGAAGAGGACAUCAAGCCAAGGUUUCAUAAAUCACGUACCCAUACACAAAAAUCUGGUAACAUGAGUGGUCAGGAUACCGGAGCUCGAGCGAUGGAAGCUAAUGACGAAGAAGAUGAGAUGGAUGAUGGUUACGAUGAUAUUGACGAUGAUAGCAACCUUUCCGAUUGGAACCUUCGUAAAUGUAGCGCAGCAGCAUUGGAUGUGUUAGCGAAUGUUUUCAAAGAUGACUUUUUGCCUAUUUUGCUACCAAUUUUAAAAGAAACUCUUUUCCAUCAAGAUUGGCAAGUUAAGGAAAGUGGCAUCUUGGCGUUGGGUGCAAUUGCCGAAGGCUGCAUGAAUGGAAUGACUCCUCAUUUGCCGGAACUCAUUCCAUACCUCAUAUCAUGCCUGUCUGAUAAGAAAGCUCUAGUGCGCUCAAUCGCAUGUUGGACGUUGUCGCGAUAUGCUCACUGGGUUGUCAGUCAACCGCAGAAUGAUCAAUACUUGAAACCUUUGAUGGAAGAAUUGCUUAAAAGAAUUCUAGAUGCGAACAAGCGUGUGCAAGAAGCAGCUUGUUCUGCAUUCGCCACCCUAGAAGAAGAAGCGUGCACAGAGUUGGUUCCUUAUUUAGGUUUCAUUUUGAAAACGCUCGUAUUCGCUUUUGGAAAGUAUCAGCAUAAAAAUCUUCUUAUAUUAUACGAUGCCAUCGGUACAUUGGCUGAUUCAGUAGGGCAUUACCUUAACAAACCAGAAUACAUCAACAUGCUUAUGCCGCCUUUGAUCCAGAAAUGGAACAUGUUGAAGGACGAAGACAAAGAUCUUUUCCCAUUGUUGGAAUGCUUAUCUAGCGUUGCAACUGCACUGCAAUCCGGGUUCCUACCAUAUUGUGAGCCAGUAUAUAGACGAUGUAUUUCAUUGAUUCAACAAACUCUGAAUCAAGAUUUGGCUUGCACAGCUAGCCCUGGCCAAUAUGAAUUGCCGGAUAAAGAUUUUAUGAUUGUAGCUUUGGAUUUACUUUCUGGGCUUGCAGAAGGUCUUGAUGGUCACAUAGAAACGUUGGUGGUCAGCAGUAAUAUAAUGCAACUAUUGUAUCAAUGUAUGCAAGAUGCGAUGCCAGAGGUUCGCCAAUCAUCCUUUGCACUUUUGGGAGACUUGACCAAAGCAUGUUUCCAACAUGUUCAUCCAUUCAUUGCAGAUUUUUUGCCGAUUUUGGGGCUGAAUUUGAACCCCGAACACAUAUCGGUGUGUAACAAUGCUACAUGGGCUAUCGGAGAGCUUAGCAUCAAGUUGCGCGAAGAUACCAAACCGUUUAUUCCCUUGGUCUUAGCUCAGUUGAUAGAAAUUAUAAACAAUCCCAAUACACCAAAGACUCUUUUGGAAAACACAGCAAUAACAAUUGGUCGACUCGGUCUUGUGUGCCCCCUUGAAGUGGCCCCUUCAUUGCAACAGUUUGUGCGCCAGUGGUGUUCAUCUUUACGCAACAUUCGAGAUAAUGAAGAGAAAGAUUCCGCGUUCCGUGGAAUGUGUCAGAUGAUAACGGUUAAUCCAGUUGGGGUUGUACCUGAUUUUAUUUUCUUCUGUGACGCUGCUGCCUCUUGGAUGAGCCCAAAGAGUGAUCUGCACGAAAUGUUGCAAAAGAUUCUUCACGGCUUCAAAACACAGGUGGGAGAAGAAAAUUGGAGUCGAUUUGUUGAACAGUUUCCUCCUCAGCUGAGCGAAAGGUUGGCUGUCAUGUACAACAUCUAAAGUGAAAAUUGAGAUCGCGGUUCAAACAACCAGAAUGAAUUAAUUUAUUUAGUAUCUCAUAUAGGAUUGAGCUGUAAAUGGCGAAACCGGAGGUAGGCUACCGUGAUUUGUAUCAAACAUUUUUGCAAAAGCAUCCAUGUUUCAUUUCUUCAGGAGUAAGUUUUAAUUUGUAUUUCUUUCCUUAUAAAGUGGUAGAGAUAGUGUUUAUCAAUGACGAUCAUAAAUUCUAAAUGCUAGACGAUUAAAGUUUACUCUGAAGCAUAUCCUUGGUUAAUUACGCUAUUCGGUAAAUGAUUUUUUUGAUUUUCAUUUGGGAACAUAGAUUAGUCAGGAGAAUAUUUUUUAAAAUGAGGAAUGCACUAAGGAUAUGAGAUCCUUGAAAACAUUGUGUUAAAAUUGCGUCGUUAUCAAGCCAAUAAAAAUCUUUUUUUAUCGCAUAAAGGUACAAACUUAUGGCAUGUUAACGAUUACAGUUAUUCAAAACAAAAAAACUUAAGAUUUUCAUAAUGUCUUAAAAAAGUCCUAUAUGAGAGCAUCCUUCUCCAAACAUUAAAACUCCUAAAUCUGGAGACUUCUGGUUUAGAACUAACUUCGUAAUACAUACAAAACGUGUUAGCGUACAUCUGCCCUCAUUCAAAAUAGCAUGUGUAUAGCUUUCAUCAUAUAUGGGGCUGCCUCCUGUUCUUAUCGAAAGAGCUUAUGAAUAUGUGUGCAGUCACCGUGAUACAGUGAGUAAGUUGAUUCAACCAUAUGACAAGAAAUACUUUUGAAUAUAUACGUGUAAGUGAUCGUGUGCAUGAGUUUGUAUGUGUGAAGAGAUUCUCUGCCGCUCAUAGCAAGUCCGUCCCAUUUGCGUUUUUGUUGAAAUGAGAAAAACGGCAUUGAAAAUUCGUAAAAAGUCUUUCGAUAAUUCGGCAUUUGUAUGCGUUUUUAAUCAAAGUAAUCAACGGAAUCUGACUCUGCUACGGCUUAUGAAAGAUUCCCGCUUUAUAAGGAUUAUUUUUUUGUUGUGAUUCUGUCGAAAAUCAUUUGCUGGGCCCUUAUGGCUGUGGGACCGACUUGCGAUGAUUUAUGCCAUAUGGGACCGACUUGCGAUCAUUCGUCCAAUGGGACAAAUUUACUUGAGGUUUUUUUCAAUGUUCUUCAGAACAAAGUACUGACAACAAAGUUUUCUCUUGAAACAACAUAUAAAAUUAAAGUGUUUCCAGCGAUAAACUGAAAAAUGAUGAAAACGCAAAUGGGACGGACUUGAUAUGAGCGGCAGUUCUUUCGUUUCUAAUAAACUUAUCAGAAAAACAAGGAAAUUUUAUUUCAAUUGUGUGUGAUCAAUUUUGCGAGUUUCACAUAUGUUAAUAGGAGAACAAUAUAAAAUCUUUUACAUGAAAACACUGGCAUUCGUUAACUAUCAAUGAAAUUUAAGGCAAAGUAAAAUUUCUAGCCAAAUUUCUAUAGUGUAAGUUGCCAAACUUAAGUGAUACUUUAGUAGAGAUAUUUCGCCUUGCAAACGUUCAGGUUUCGUUAAACAAACGUUUGGUGUAAAAAACUAUCGAUCAAAUUUAAUGAUAAUAACACAAAAACAAUACAAAAGUUCAUCGUAAUGGAAACUAAAAGUAAGUUGUAAAAAUCGUCUUUCGGGUAAAUCGCGUUCGCGUUUCGUCGUUAUAAACAUUCGUCAAUCGCCGUCGUGGUCGUUCGCGUUGUAGAAUCGUGUAUCGUUGCGGUCGUUUUCCUUUUUAUCGUCGUUUUUUUUUUUAUAUGUAAGAAAUUAUUGUUUGAAAUAUUUUAUUUUUAGAUAAAUACAAAAGAAAACACACUGUUAUUGAACAGAUACUAUUUAAAAGAAAUGAACAAUUGCACAAGUUCCUUCCUAGCAGCAGUUAAAUUUGUAUGAAACUCAAAAGAUGCUAUAAAACAUGGUGCCAUUAGGUAGUCAAAAUAUAUCACUUGAUUUUAAUAUAAAAACAAUGCUAACCAGAAAUAAAGCUGAUAUAUUUCAUAAUUAAGACAAACUAAAGAGAUAGUAUAAAGCAAUUCUAAUUACAAGAAGAUUAAAGCAAAAAGAAUAUCACAGAAGAAAUCUGAAACCUAAAAUGACUGACAAUUCGUUAGUCAACCAUAUUUAACAUUAGGUUAACAAAGCAAAGACUGAUUAAACGAGAACGAAACAAGAACAUAACAUUGAAAAAAAAACGGAAACUAUGCUGUUACUUAAAAUUUGUGUUUGGGCAGCACCAAUUCAACCAAAAGAGGAUCUUUUUAGUUGAUCAACAAUCGCACAUUGAAUAUUAUCUGUUCAAUCUCUUCUAUCGAUUUAGAUGUUGAAAAUAUCAGCCCCUGUUUUCUUAUACACUUAUCUUUAUUAUUUGUAAAAAAAAAGAAUAUACUUAAAAACGUUAAUCCUCGCCGCGUAUCGUGUCGUCGUCGUUAAUCAUUGUCGCGUUACGUUUUAUAUAAAUGGUAAACCGGUUACCUCGUCGCGUUCGGUCGUAAUUCAUACAGGAAUCAAAUCGUGCUAGGGAACAAAUAAUAAUACAUAUAUGAGCAAGUCCAACGGAACCAUAAGUGACUUGCAUCUAAGAAUCUUUCCGUCGGAAAUCGUUUGUGAUAUAUACUCGUGUUCGUUCGUUGUUAGGAGAUUAUAAACUUUUUUUUAAAAUUUUGUUUUAUAGGUUUGAUAUUAGAAAAGAAAUCGCGCGUCAUACAUCGGGUUCGUAUGUUUAGGGAUAAAGCCGUUGCUAGACUUUCGCGUGUGCCACAAUGUAAGGUGCUUGUAUUCAAAAAGGAAAUUGAAUUAAGUUGUAAUUUUGAAAAUUAAAUAUAACAACAUACAUUCAGCAAACACAAUUUAGAAAACAGACAUAUUAUCGGUUUCCGGUUUUCAAUUUUUAUGUUGGAAUAAUUCACACUGAUUAAAAAAAAAGGGAUACAUGUAGCAUUGUAUCACUCGAUGCAGAUGUUGUAAGACUAUGCGAUAAGUAUAUCGAUACAUCCUUUAUGAGAUGUGAAACAUUGCCUUCCUGCAUUCCUCGAAACACAGAUUAUCGUUGCUCUUUCCAAAUACAUAUUUGUUAUAUUUUUUUUUUCGUUUCAACAUUAUUUUCUUUUUUAUUUGCGUUGGACAUGAACACCUAUAUCAUUGUAAGUACCUUGAAUCGCAAAGCAAAUAAACAGAAAAAACAAAUCCACCGGGGGUUUGGUCGUCGCGUCGCGUUUUUUCGUCGCGGAAUCGUGUGAUCGUAUUUUAAAACAAACGAACUUAAUACAUUAAAUAAUAUUGAAAAACAACCAAACAAAUCUGUACACCACGAAAAGAGGAAGCAAAAAAGAUUUACAAACCAUCUACAAUAUUAUUAAAUCAUCAAUGCAACAAAGUCUGCUAAAUUAAGAUAGCUUACCAAAAACAAAAGAAACAAUACCAUCAAACUCAAACGGGAAAUUAUAUUCAUCGGAAACAAAUGGCUGCUAGUUAUUUCCUAUUUAGAAAACUCCUCCAAGACACACAGGCCGAAUUAUACUUAAUAAAACAGUAGAACAAAAAUCUUAAGGAAAACAGUAAUUGGCAUUGUGAUGUAGUGAAUAUUAUGGUAUGACUGUGAGUGCGAGGGUGAAUGAUUGAGUGUGCUAAUUCAUAUCUAUUAUUUUUAUUGAAUUUGAAAUUAUAGACGUAAACUCAGUGUAUGACAGAUAAACAAAAAACAGAAGUCUCAAAAUCCCAAAACUGAAUCCUACAUCCCAAACCCCCUCUCCUCCAGAAGAAUGUAAAAAUAAAUGGUUCGUAAGACAGCACAUUCACUUGAUGCUAUGUCGAAAUGAUGAGGAAACAAUAGUUCUUCAGUGGAAAGCCAUGCUAAUUGGUUAAUUCAAAACAGCAUGAAAAAAUUGUUGAAUUUAAGAAACCAUUACCAUAGCAUGUAGCUGAAUAGUUUAGAGUUUGGUGUAGAUUUUGAAGAAUAAUGAGUAUUCCACAAUUUUUUAAUUGCUUCUUAAUUCAAACGGUUCCAACCUAAUAAUCAUAGUAAAAAGCGAAAAAAAACAUUGGUAAAUAAAGUGCAGUAGGUACCGAAAUUUAAUCAAUUUGCAGAGAUAUUAUCAAUAGAAGUUGAAAACAUUUGUUUAAAAUAUCAUUUAAUUAUAGAUAUAGCUUUAAAAGUUAUAAAAAUAUAUAAAACUAUCUUAAUAUUCCUAAAA